AUAUAAUUUCAUUAAUACAUAUAUUAUUAUUUAAGUAUGUCAAGCACUAACUUGUUCUAUACUAUCGUUGACGGGGAUAAAUAUCUUAGUCUUCUCGUUUUGGAUGGCGAAGGCAUUUUAUUAUACGCGUCUUUAGGCACUUCUCAAGCUUCUUUAGUUCAGCUUAUGAUGAAAGAUUUCAGAAGCAUAAAAGGUUAUCGAUUGAAUUCAUUUAGUUCUGCUUCUUCAAAAAUUCUUUCUGAUAAGAGUAGGUCUUUAUUAGUUAAGAAUAUUGAGUUAUUUAAAGGGUUGAUGAGUGAUAGUCCAUCUUCAAAAUCUAAAAUCAAGUAUAAGUUCAUAUUUGGAACACAACUCCAAAGAAAAGUUUGGACUCAUCUUGUUGAUAAUGUUCCCUUUGGCGAAGUAACAAACUACUCAACUGUUGCUAAAGAUUUGAAUAAGCUGGCCCUGUCGAGUCGAGCCAUUGGAAAUUGCAUUGGUUCCAAUAAACUUGCAAUAAUAGUUCCUUGUCAUAGAGUACUUGGAAGUAAAGGUACUUUGAAUGGGUAUCGCUAUGGAGUUCUGGUUAAAAGAAUGUUAUUAAGAGCAGAAUUAGGUGAUAACUUUGGAAAAUAUGUCAAGAGCUGAAGUCUGUAUUUGUCUGUCUACGAGUCUUAUUCUUCGAUUGUAUCGCGUUAUUUAUUUCAUUUUGGUUAACUUUUAUUAAUAUAUACCUG